CUACUACUACUACUACUACUACUUCUACUUCUACUACUACUACUUCUACUUCUACUUCUACUUCUACUACUACUACUUCUACUUCUACUACUUCCAUCUUUACAUAUUGAUUUGAUUGCUUUUACCCGUCGUUCAUUCCUUCCGCCGCUUCCCUUCGUUCGUUCGUUCGUUGCUUGUUCGAUUGGCCCUGUCGAAAGCGAGACUCGCCCCACCAUCACCUCACCUCACUUUGUUCAAACCUCGCCUCAUCGCUCCCAGUAGUCUACCGGAGAACUUCCGGUCCGGCCCUGGCGAUACCACUCACGAGCUUGUGUAAUGAUAGCAGGAGGCCUGCAGGCGCAACUCUCCCUUUCGAGCCAAUACCCCCUCCUGGACACUGCUGAGGUUGGUGACCGUCACCUGCGCGUGUGUCGAACAAAGAGAAAAUCCCACCCACCAUAUAAUCUACAUAUUCCGUCUUGCACAGCGGCGGCGGCGUUACCAUGGACCGAACCUUGCGCCCCAGCGACCUGAACCUUCAACAGACGACAUCAGCCACCUCGAAUCCGCCGUCCAAUGGCUCGUUAGAAAAUCCGCAGUCGCAGUCGCCGUCGUCGUCGAGCGCGUCCGCAACUCCUUCGAAAUCCUUGAACCUCCUCAAUGUCACUCCGGCUCCGGCAUACAUAGCUUCGUCCGCAGCUGCUCGGCUCGUAACCGGCGACCACGAGGCCUUUUUCCGCUCCUUGCGCGACGAUGGCGCCGUAGGCAGCACUGGCACACCCACCAUGUUCGUAUCGAGCGGCUCGUUGGCCCUUGUGAACCAAUUCCUCGACUUCCUGUUGUACUCGUUCCUGUCCAACUCCAGAUCGACCUCCCUGUCGGGACUGCGGCCAGCGAUCACGGACGUCCUCAGGAUCAGGCUGGCAAGGGAGGCACUGGCCGGAGCUGAUCAGGAGCUGAAAUCGUAUCUCGGUGGCGACGAUGAAGAUGUCGAGACCUUGGACGAUGCCGUGGUCGCCGAACCCACCAACGAGGAAUGGAACCUCGAAUCCACGUGGAGGAAGUGCCGCGUGCAAUGCAUGGUGUACUCGUCGCUCGGCGAUCUCGAGGAAGACGACGAAGCCUUCUACACCGAUAAUGGCGGCCUCGAAGGGACCGUUGGCCCCGACCGUUAUCAACGACAAAACAGCAAUCCGUGCAUCGUAACGCCCGCUGUCGCGAUAUGGCUCACUUCCAUUCUCGAGUUCAUCGGGGAGCAGACAUUGUUGGUUGCGGGACAUGCCACUAUCGCGCGGUAUUCGACUCAGCGAAUCGCGGCCGCUUCGGGAACAUCUUCCGGUGCAACCUCCUCCUCCUCCUCCUCCGAGGUGACGUUUCCUGAGAAACCGACAGUGGAGGAGCUGGAUACCGAGAAAGUUGCCCUGAAUCCGUCGCUCGGGCGUAUGUGGCGACAAUGGCGAAAGAAGGUGCGCGGCGGCAGCGCUGGCGGUCGGCGAUCUUUCUCGGCUUCGUCGCGAGAGGUCGUCUUGAAUUCCCCGGAUGCGAGGGUGGCUGCCAACACCAAGAAUUCGCCCAAGAAUUCGCCCAAGAUCCCGGGCCAAGAGAUUGCGAUCAAUGAGAGCACAUCGACACAGGCUGGAAAUACCUCACCCAUUGUCCUGUCGAAAAGCGGUGUCCUGGGACCAAUAGUCGAGGCAGCGACUCCUGCCACUCCGUUCGAUACUUUCAAGUGCCCCGUGCCGAAUAAUACAAAUAUGAACGGGUACCCUACUCUGCGCCGUCCGGCCAGUUUGAUGACUCUGCCAUGGACCAACUCGCCACCUUUCGUGUUGCGUUCGGCAGUCAAAAGACAGCUGUCACUUCCGAAUCUUAUGCGGGGGGAUUUUGCAGAUCCCAUCGCCGAAGUGCUGCCCACCCCCAAGGAGGAGGAGGAGGAGGAGCAACCGUACAUGAUGAUUCCCUUACCACAGCCAGGGCCGGAGGAAGAGCAUGAGCUUGAGGAUAGGACCAGCGAGCAGAGAGACUAUCCUGCGGAUGAUGAGCUACAACAAGAUGAGGAUGAUGAAAUUUCGACUUGCGCUCCAAUUCCAACGAUGUCGGCCAACAUUACGCAUUGGCAGCCGACCGAGGAUAGCGGACAGGAACCCAUCGAGGUCGACGAUUCGCAACCUCCAUCGGUCGUCGUACAAGCCGAAGAAGAAGAAGAACUGGCUUCGGAAACGACUACGGAGGUCUUACAGGCCCAGCCCGUGCGACGCAUUCGGGAGGAAUAUGAUCCAUACGCGAUCAAGCCUCGGACUCCUACCCGACCCGAAACAUUCUUCACCUCCGAGGACGAUGAGGACGAUGAGGAUGAGGAGGAGGAGGACAUUUCUCCGAGGCGGAAGCCUCGUAUGCAGCCGAUUUAUACGGGACACAACAAGUCCUUGCACAAUCAUUCCUCCUCGAGCAGUGGGCAAUCAUUCUCGGAUCGGAAAAUCGGUCAAUUGCAUCUUGUUCAGAGCUCUGCAAGUACCCAUUCGAUUGCGUCCGACCGCGGAACGGGCGUAAGGGUCUUCACACCGCCAGCUACACCGGACAAAUCGCGCCGCUCGUCCAGCUUCAGCAAGAUCCAGAGACCGAUCCACACAUCGGGUUCGACCUCUUCGCAAGCAUCGAUACUCAAGUCCUUCCUCCCCUGGCCGCACGAUGGAGGCAAACACACCAAGAUGCAUGAGUCGGACGGCGAGAGUCAUAGUAGUCACCACAGCGACCGCCUUGCCAGUCUUGACGACAAACAGCGGAGUUUCGAAGAAUUGAUAUCGAGUGGAGGUACUAUUCACUGUACCAUCACGCCGGAUCCGAUCAGGAACAUGGAGCGCGACCCAUCGCCUCGUGGGACACCGACACAGGAGCUGGCGGACUUCUUCCGAAGCACCGCGCCCGACGGUCGCCCCAUCGGGAACCAGUCUUCCAAAAGUAUUCCCUCCAGUCCAAGGGUGACGGCUCAGAGGUCAUCUCCGACAUCGCCCGCGUGGGGUGAUUACCGCCAAAGCGACCACCACACAACCUCUUCCCUCUCCGACUUUUUGAAGCACGCCGCCCCACCGGGAUCCCCGGGCCAUGCGACGCAGAACAGUUCCAAGCUUCAGAAAAUGAUGACAUCGGGCUCGACGUCAAGCAUACCAACAUCACACCUGCCGUCAAAGAAUAAUGGAACUAAUCCUGGACCAUCCGAUACGACCGGGUUGCCAGCUGUCAUACGACAUCAGUCGCACACGGAAACAGCCGGGCGCUCUAAGAACCGCCUCUUGGCCCGGGAUGCUAGUGGCUCCACGGGCAGCGAUACCACCUCUGCCCUGGCGGAUUUCUUCCGUAACACGACGCCGCCCGUGAUUGCAGAUGGAGGGGAGCAGCCCGCUGUGCAUAGGAUACCUCGGGCGGUCGCACCGUUCCGUAACACGAUGGAUUCGACACAGUUCGAGUCCGUGGAUGACGAUGACGACAUUAUCGAGGAGGCCGACCGGGAGCAUUCACCCAAGCCGACCGCCAGCACUGUUUCUGCUCCCCAGGAGUCCUAUUCGUCAUCUUUCACUUCCUCGACAGCUCUGCUCCGUUCCGGAUCAAGAAAAACCCGGGAGUAUGGUAGUAGCAGCACAACCACAAUGGCGACUUCCUCGAUGGUGACGUCGUCGGCGCCCGAAGUGAAGCGAAAGCAGUUCCGCUCGAAAGACCCAUACGCCAUCGAUUCCGAUGACGAUGAUGAACUCGACGAUAUGGAGGGUCUCAACCUGGUGAUCCCUAAAAAGCGGGAAGAGGAGAGUCUAGUUGAUUUCCUGCGCAACACCCCUCCACCACCACCACCGACUGCGCCACAGCCGUUUGUUCAGUCAAACGGCAAAACGAUCCAGAAGAAGGGCAGUGCGGUCAGCCUGAUGUCGCGCUUCAGCCGCUCAGGCAGGAAGAACUCCAUCGCGUCGAACGCCGAUAAGAUGCCGUUUAUCCCGCCUCCGCCCACAGCCGCGUCACAAGCCUCGCGGCACGUCCCACUGAUGGUGCCACCCGUCGCCGACGCAAGAGCGGGACGCAACAGUUCCGGAUCGGACCAGUUCGCUCGGCCCACAUACGGGCAGGCUCGCGCCGAUUUCGACGGGCCGUUCGGAGCCGCCGGGUUUCCGAGCGCAAGGCCGUCGAGGCCGAACGUGCAGGCUAGAGGAGCUCGCGCGGGGAGGAACGAUACGGAUAGUCUCGCGGACUUUCUUAAACAUACCGGUCCGCCACCAGAGGCGAGGGUGGCCCAGCCGCAGAAGGAGGAGAGUCGUUCGUUGCUGCAGAAGAUUUCGUUUUCGAGGCAUAAGAAGGUGGGUGUGUCAUGAGGUCUUUUUCUUUCUUCUUUCCAUUCGUUUCUACUGGUGUUGCUGUUCUGAGUACAUUAGAUGAUGCACUUCUGGUUUUUGGGUUUUUGGGUUUGUGUUUGGGUGGUUCAUUUUGCUGGUGGGUUUUGGAUGCGAUAUUUACGUCUUUGUUUUGGAGCUAGGCUCAGUGUAUGAUUCUCCCUUUUCCCUCUACUUUUUUUCCUCCUUCCUUCUUUCGUCUUAAUUUCUUGAUUUAUACUUGGAUACUUUCGUUUUUUUUUUCCUUUCUUUUCAUUUCCUUUGGCUGGCUGGCUGGGUAACUUUGCUGGGUAACUUGGUAACUUGGAUGGGGGUUCGGAACGGGGUUCGGAACGGGGUUCGGAG